AAGUGACAAAACAAUCGGUUCAGCAACAAAAAAACAAACAAACCAAUAAACAGCAGAAGAUAGCAAUUAUCUACUGAUUGCACGCCCUAUAAAGGAAUAGAAAGCUUUGUUGGAUGUAAAAGAGAACCUGGUUCCGUUUGCAUAUUGUAGAUAAGUGGAGACAACUCUCAAUCGUUAUCGUUACCUGUCGAAUGGUUCACUGUUUCACAAGCUGCCGCUUGAAGAAGACAUCGGUUCGACGCGAUUCGUAACUCAACGACACACAGAAGGCUCGUAGCCGACCAACGAAAUCUCCAAACAACCAUGCCCGUGCACACAGCCCAGAAGUGGAUCUACGCGAAGCCGUUCGUCAAUGAGCCAUCGUUGGAAAACUUCCAGCUGGUGGAGGAACCGGUACCGCAGCUACAGGAUGGAGGUUAGAAUUUAUGAUCCGUGCCAUGUACCUGAGCGUGGAUCCGUACAUGCGCAUCUACACGCUGAACGCUCCCACCGGCAGCACCAUGAUCGGUGGCCAGGUCGGUGAGGUGAUUGAAAGCCGGCACGCCAACUUUCCGGUUGGAUCGUACGCAUUCGCGCAGGUCGGCUGGCGUACCAUUUCCGUGUGCAAUCCGGACGCGUUCGAAACGCGAAAACCGUACGUGUUGCCAGACUUUGGCCCGCUGCCCAUUUCGCUCGGUAUGGGUGCGCUCGGUACGGUCGGCAAUACGGCGUACUUUGGCUUUCUGGAGAUUUGUAAACCACAGCCGGGUGAAACGGUGGUGGUUAGUGGUGCGGCCGGUGCGGUCGGUAGUAUGGUGGGCCAGAUCGGUAAGAUUAAGGGAUGCCGGGUGAUCGGCAUAGCGGGGACGCGUGAAAAGUGCGAUUGGCUGCGGGAGAUCGGUUUCGAUGGUACGAUUAACUACAAGGAGGAGAAUAUUGGCGAAGCGUUGAAGGCGCUAGCACCGGACGGCGUGGACUGUUACUUCGACAAUGUCGGGGGGCAAACUUCCUCGGCGGUAAAGGGACAGAUGAAACCUUUCGGACGGAUUUCCGUGUGUGGCACGAUUUCGAUGUACAACGAUCGGCCGGUACAGGUGGUCGAUCCGCAGCUUGAUUUCGUGUGGAAACAGCUGAUGCAGGAAGGGUUCAGUGUGCACCGGUGGACCGAUCGGUGGUUUGAGGGUAUCGAGCAGAACUGCCGGUGGAUCCGGGAGGGCAAGCUGAAGGUGCGGGAAACGGUUACCGAGGGUUUCCAGAAUAUGCCACAGGCGUUCAUAGACAUGAUGAAGGGUGGAAAUGUUGGGAAAGCGGUUGUUAAAGUUUGAUGCGCUGAAUUAAAUUCAGAUGAAAAUUAAAGAAAAAAAAACACUUAAAAUUGUGCCUUUUAAAAGAUGGACUUAUGGACCGGAAGUUGAUGCAUUUUUUCAAAUAAAAAUAAAAUAAACGAAAUUUUCAAAUAA